CGCCGCCGCCGCCACAUGGACAUGGACUCGCCCCCUGUGUCUGUGCCCAUGCCGCCGUCCAAGCCGGCCGACCUCUCGCUCACGCUGGCGCCGGCGGCGCAGUCCGUCGCCGAGGCUGACGGCGGGGCCGGGGCGGGCGGCGACGGCGCGUGCGUCGACGGCAAGGACGUGCGCCUCUUCCCCUGCCUCUUCUGCAACAAGAAGUUCCUCAAGUCGCAGGCGCUCGGCGGCCACCAGAACGCGCACAAGAAGGAGCGCAGCAUCGGCUGGAACCCCUACUUCUACAUGCCGCCCACCUCCUCCGCGCACCUCCACGCCAAUGCCGCGCCGCCCAACUCCUCCGGCGCCACCGCCUCGGGGCCCUACGCCGGCUCUGUCGCGGGUUCUACCGCGACCGCGCCGCCCGGCGUCGCCGCGGGCCUCCCGGCGCACGCCUACGCGAGCCGUGCCUACGCGGCCUUGCCCACCACCUUCCCAAUCGCCUCCCACAGCUCCAUCAUGGUCGGCUCCGACCGGCUCCAGUACUACGCGCCGCCGCAGGGAGCGUCGGCGUCCUCGGCGGCGACCGGCGAGCUGUACAGCGGCGGCAUGCAGCAGGUGUCCCGCUUCGCCGCCGCGCACCAGCAGCAGCUCCUGGCCGUCAGCAGCAGCAGCAGCAGCAGCGAGCGCGCGAUGAUGGCCGCGGCCGAGCAGCCCGGCGCCGGGCGCGACGAGCUGAUCGACAUGCUCAACUGGAGGCGGGGCUGCCACGGGCCGACCGCCUCAGCGGCCGCCACCACCCCGUCGCCCGCCAGCACCACCACCACGCUCACCUCCGGAGGCGGCAGCAUCUACAACAACAACGGCGAGGAGGCCGAGGAGGAGCUGGACCUCAACUUGAGCCUGUAGCAGCAUGCAGCGGUGAGCUCGCCGGCCGGCCGGCGCCGCCUCCAAGACCAAGACAAGGUUAAUCCAUGGCCACGUAGUACCUCUACCCUUCUACAACUCCUGUUCGCCCGGCUAUUCAUGUCCCCUACCGCCCUUCACCACGACGUACGUAGUACCGCCCGCCCGCCCGCCCGCCCGCCAAGAUUAGUUGUUUUUAAUUAAUUAGAGAAGAAGAAGAAGAAGAUGUUAAUUAAUUAAUUAGUUCCUCGAUCGACCCUCCUUCAGUCAGUCUCCUGUAUGUUAAUGCUGCUAGUAGUGGUGAGCUGUGCUCCUCCUUGUAAUCGUGCUCUUGAAUUUCACCCCCUGUUCGUCUCUUCA